CGUUUAAUCCAUCCCACCAAUCGUUUGGUCGUGCCUUGAUGCCGAUGCGGGAGUGAAUCGGGCCUACUUGACAUCGCAAUUAGUGUUUCGAGAAGAUGCGGGCCUUGCUUGUCGGCUCCAUGGUCACCGCGCAGUGGCGUACUUCAUAUUGCAGGAGGCGAAGCUUACGGGAAUGGGUGGCGGCGGCGUCCUACGUGCAAGAUAGGGACAAGAGCUGUUACGAUGCGUCCGCCUUUGUCCGCGGAGUCCCCGCUGUUUUUUUCCCAAGGAGGCUCGCGUUUACCGGAAUUGCCAGGCGGUCAAGGGUAUUUAUGUUCUACCCUGCAAGCAGAGUGUCAUAAGCUUCGUCC